UUUAUUGAAAAUAGCAAGUUUAUACGUGCCCAUAGGCAUUAUAAACUUAAGUUAAUGAAACAAGCGUUCGGAUAUAACCAAAGUUGUGCAAAGUCCUUUGAUUUGACCAGGUUAGGCACAAAGGUCAGUCUUAAAACGCGUGAUCACUCACGUGCAAAGCACUCGGUAAAUAACAAUGAACCACUGUCAAACACUUCUUCCCAUGCAUGUGGGAAAAUAGACCAAUCAGGUCCAACUGUUUUGUUUGCUUAUGCUUCCUGCCUGGGCUACAGGCUUCAUUGUGUUGCCGGUGAGCCAAAGUGAAGGACACUUCACAGCGAAAAAAUUGCUUAAAUUUGUAAUAUAUCUCUCACGAGGCAAUGCCUCCCGCCCGACGCCAACGCACAGCUGUACAACAACGCGCAGAGAAUGCAAAUCAGCCAUCGGUAAACGAUCUUCGACAACAAUGUCUAGAAAAAGGUUUAUCUGACCAUGGUCGUCGAAAUACGCUGGUCGCGAGACUGCAACAACAUGCUUCAACGUCGUCGACGAACAAUACCGCCACAGAAGCAGCGACAAUUGUUGAUAUUGCGAACAACAGCGAGCAAACACCACUCGUCGAGCGAAGAUCUGUGUCACACGAAAGCUCAAACGAAAACCCUCUGCUGAACGACGCUCAGUUGGCCCAAAUCCAAUCAAUCGUCGCGAAGACGGUCGAACAAUCGGUGAACGAUAUCGCAACAAACGCCGCUCGUGCUGCAGUACAAGCCAUGGCAACUGCGCCUUCGUCAGCGCCUACGAAUGAGCCACAACAAACCACGGGCACGGAGCUUUGCCCAGUGUUGAUAAACCACACCACGCCAAUCUCGACGCCAAGGUUCCAAACGUUCGAGCCCGAAGCGCCACAUUCCUCUUCGCAGAGUCUUCCCGCUAGUAAUCAUCUCCCAUACGGACAAUCUUUCCACGACCUACCGGCAUCGUACGUGAAGAAGAUCCAGUCGGGUGAGUUUUUUGAGCUCUCAAAACUUUUGCCAAAAAAUUUAUGCAAUACGGUAGAUGAACAGCCCGUUGUGCCAAUUGAUGGUUCGAUCCCGCCGAUGGCGAAUGUUUCAUCUUUCUUUUCCAAAAUCAGGUGCAACAAGUAUUAAUGCAUCAAUUCCAAAGGAAGAUUUUAGUCUCCAUUAUGUGACAAUUGACAAUGCGAUUGAAGGUAUUAAGCGUUUCGGCCACGGCUGUUUUCUGGCUAAAACUGACAUUGAAUCCGCCUUUCGUCUCAUUCCCGUGCACCCGGACAACUAUGAGCUUCUUGGUAUGUAUUGGGAGGGGAAAUACUAUUAUGACAAAGUUUUACCUUUCGGCCUACGAAGUGCUCCAUAUCUGUUCAACCAACUUUCUGAUGCUAUUGAAUGGAUCUUACAAAAUAAGUGCAUGAUUUCAUUUGUAUGUCAUAUUUUGGAUGAUUUUCUUAUCAUGGAGCCACCAUCCCAACUGCCCCCACACUAUAGCACUUGCCAACAAAGUCUAACUGCCAUGAUGCUUACAUUUAAGAACCUUAACAUCCCAUUAGCCCCGGGCAAGACACAAGGUCCUGCAACUGUGUUAGAGUUUAUGGGCAUUAUCCUGGACAGCGUUCGAAUGGAAGCACGGCUGCCGGAUGACAAAAUUGAACGCCUCCGAGCAGUUUUCAACACAUUCCAAAAAAGGCGGUCAUGUACUUUGAAAGAACUUCAGUCACUUAUAGGUACCUUAAAUUUUGCAUGCAAGGUUAUCCCACCGGGUCGCCCUUAUUUACAAAGAAUGAUUGAAUUGACAAGAAACAUAAGACAGCCCCACCAUCACAUAAAGCUUAGUGCAGGCUUUUUUAAGGAUCUCGAGAUGUGGAAACAGUUUAUCGUUAACUGGAAUGGUGCCAGUUUUUUCUUGUCUUCUUCAUGGGAAAACUCUGAAUGCCUUCAGCUCCACACUGAUGCAUCGGGGGUGUUGGGCUACGGGGGGAUUUUCGGGGGGAAAUGGUUUCAAGGAAAAUGGGAACCUCAUCAACAAUUAGGACAGCCCGAGAUUAGUAUUGCUUGGCAAGAAUUGUUUGCCAUAGUAGUUGCAUGUCACAUAUGGGGGGAAGCCCUUCAAAACAGAAGGAUAAUCCUGAACUGUGAUAAUGAAUCAGUUGUCAACAUUAUUAAUUCCAAACGAUCGCGAAUUUCCCGGGUAAUGGAUCUUCUCCGUCAUCUCACACUGUUGACCUUAAAGUACAAUAUAUACCUUCGGGCCAAACACAUACCGGAAAAGUAUAAUGAGAUUGCUGAUUCCCUUUCUCGUUUCCAGUUUCAAAGGUUUCGACUCCUAAUGCCUCAAGCAGAUGUCAACCCUCAAAAAAUUCCAGUCCUUCUGUUGAAAAUCUAAAGAAUGACAUAGAAUAUUAUAUUGAUUUGUCUGUGGCCGCCUCAACCAAACAGACAUACAGCGCUGGUGAGAAACGGUUUAUUGCUUUUGUAAAAUUAUAUCGACCCCAUGAAGGAAAGCACUUUCUACCAGCAAGUAAAGAAACACUCGUGCAAUUUUCAGCCUAUUUAGCCAAAACCAUCAAACACACAUCUAUAAAAAACUAUCUUGCAGCGGUUCGUCAUUUUCACAUACGAAAUGGUUUUCCGUUGGAUUGUCAAAAGAUGUCACGUCUCCAGCUGGUUCUUCGGGGUAUAAAACGUUCCCAAGGCGAUGAGAAAAGAGUGCGCCUUCCAAUAACAAUCCAUCAUUUAAAACUUUUUCACAUGAUGCUGGUAAUACCUGUCACAACACAUUUCGACUCAAUUAUGGUUUGGGCUGCCAUAACAUUGGCAUUUUUUUGCUUUCUGCGGCUUGGAGAGUUAACUUGUAACUCAAAAUUCAAUUCAGAUUCGCACCUCAUGCCUGAAGACGUUGUUUUUUCCAACGACCUACAACCAACCACUGCUAUGUCCAUACGGAUAAAAGAAUCCAAAACUGACCCCUUUCGGGUGGGACAUACCAUAAGUAUUGGAGGAACACACACACCUCUCUGCCCAGUGUUGGCCAUGAAACAGUAUUUAGCCAGAAGGCAGCCAAAAGCAGGGCCUCUGUUUGUAAAUUCUGCGGGUAAACCACUUACAAAACAGGCCCUAACACUUGAAACAAAAAAAUUACUCAGUCAAGCCGGAUUCAACGCUUCAAACUUUGCCGGUCAUAGCUACAGAAUCGGUGCUGCAACUACGGCAGCCACAGCGAAAUUACCUUCCUGGCUCAUAAAAACUUUGGGUCGGUGGUCCUCAGACUGUUAUGAACGAUAUAUACAACUUCCUUCGUCAACACUGUUGAAUGUCUCAGCCACACUCGCCAAUAUUUAA